AUGCACAGGAACCUCCCUGAGUGUUUAUUCCCUUGGGUGUUUGCAGACUCCGGCAUCUCAGAAGUGGUUCAGCUCCGACUGGUGAAUGGUUCUAGUCGCUGCGCUGGGAGGGUCGAGGUGCUUCACAACCAGCAGUGGGGAACCGUGUGUGAUGACAGCUGGGACUUACAGGAUGCUGGAGUCGUGUGCAGGCAGCUGGACUGUGGGAUGGCGUUAUCAGCCCUAGUUGGGGCUCAUUUUGGGCAAGGAUCUGACCAUAUUUGGCUGAAUAAUGUCAACUGCACAGGGACAGAAGUUGCCCUCUCCGAUUGCAGGGCUCGGCCUUGGGGAGAGAAUAACUGUACCCAUGGAGAAGAUGCCGGUGUUGUGUGCUCAGCUUCCGGCAUCUCAGAAGUGGCUCAGCUCCGACUGGUGAAUGGCCCGAGUCUCUGCGCUGGGAGAGUCGAGGUGCUUCACAACCAGCAGUGGGGAACCGUGUGUGAUGACAGCUGGGACAUAACUAAUGCUGGAGUCGUAUGCAGGCAGCUGAGCUGUGGCAUGGCGUUAUCAGCCCCAGGAGGGGCUCGAUUUGGGGGAGGAUCAGACCGUAUCUGGCUGGAUGACGUUCACUGCACAGGGACAGAAGCUACCCUCUCCCAUUGCAGGGCUCGGCCUUGGGGAGACAAUAACUGUAACCACGGAGAAGAUGCUGGUGUUGUGUGCUCAGACUCAGGUAUUUCAGAAGUGACUCUGCUCCGACUGGUGAAUGGUCCAAGUCGCUGCGCUGGGAGAGUCGAGGUGCUUCACAACCAGCUGUGGGGAACCGUGUGUGAUGACAGCUGGGACAUAACUGAUGCUGGAGUCGUGUGCAGGCAGCUGGGCUGUGGGACGGCAUUAUCAGCCCCAGGAGGGGCUCGAUUUGGGCGAGGAUCAGACCGUAUCUGGCUGGAUGAUGUUCACUGCACAGGGACAGAAGCUGCCCUCACCGAAUGCAGGGCUCGGCCUUGGGGAGACAAUAACUGUCAUCACGGAGAAGAUGCCGGUGUUGUGUGCUCAGACUCCGGCAUCUCCGAAGUGUCUCAGCUCCGACUGGUGAAUGGUUCAAGUCGCUGCACUGGGAGAGUUGAGGUGCUUCACAACCAACAGUGGGGAACCGUGUGUGAAGACAACUGGGACAUAACUGAUGCUGGAGUCGUGUGCAGGCAGCUGGGCUGUGGGACGGCGUUAUCAGCCCCAGGAGGGGCUCGAUUUGGGGAAGGAUCUGACCGUAUCUGGCUGGAUGAUGUUCACUGCAUGGGGACAGAAGCUGCCCUCACCGAAUGCAGGGCUCGGCCUUGGGGAGACAAUAACUGUCACCACGGAGAAGAUGCCGGUGUUGUGUGCUCAGAUCAGGGCCAGCUGAGGCUGCAGUUGACGAGUGGCCCAAGCCCCUGCUCUGGGCGAGUGGAGGUGCUGAUUAACGACACCUGGGGUGCCGUGUGUGACGCCGGCUGGGGCCUGCCGGAGGCCGGGGUGGUGUGCAAGCAGCUGGGCUGCGGCACGGCGCUGUCAGCCCCGGGGGUUGCUCAGUUCGGCCACGGGGCCGGCGACGUCUGGCUGGAGGGCUUGAGCUGCUCAGGCCAGGAGUCUCUCAUCAGCGAGUGCCAGCUGAGCCGGCUGGGUCCUGGGCUGUGUGGCCAUGGCUCUGAGGCCAGCGUGGUGUGUGCCGGGCAGGCCGGCUCUGGGCUACUCUGCUCUGUGCUCCUCGGCCUGGGUGCCCUCGUGGUGCUGAUCUGUGGGGUCCUGCUCUGCUGGAGGAUGCGUCAGGACAGAGCCACUGGGAACUCCCUGGGCCAUGUGCACAUGGAGGCGCUGGGGGCUCCAGGGACCCCGGCCCGGCCCCAGGGAGCAGCAAAUCCAGAGCCCCCUGAGCAGCCCGACAGCGAUAUGACUUGGCUGGUGAGGGAAGACGCGGUGCUGUGAGAGCCGCAUGCCGCCGGGCUGGGCUGGGCUCAGCCUGCAGUGAGAGACCGGCCGGUGGGAUCCUGCACAGAGCAGCCCCAGGGCUGACAGCUGCCUGGACUGUGGGGACGCUGAUGGGGCUCAUCUGGGGGCUGCGGCUACUGGCUGGAGGUCUCAGCUCCCCCAUUACCCUCCCCAGCUGCCUUGGAAGGCUCCCCUGCUCUGUCCCCCACCCAGCUUUCCCUGGUGCAGCUCCCAUGCCCAUCCCUGAGCAGCCUGUGCCCAGCCAUGGGGACAGCAUGUGGUGUGACCUGCAGAACCAUUGUCAGGUGCACAGGGACAGCCGGCUCCUUCCCCACAAAGCAACCACCCCCACAUGCAGACGAGCUAUGGGGAGAGACUGACUACGGGUGUCUGCCUGUGCCCAAUGUGCCAGGCCCUGUCUGUCUGUUUGUGCCCGAUGUGUCAGGUCCUGUCUGUGCCCAAUGUGCCAGGCCCUGUCUGUCUGUUUGUGCCCGAUGCCCCCUGAGCUCGGGGUGCCAGGUCCUGUUUGUCUGUCUGUGCCCAAUGUGCCAGGCCCUGUCUGUUUGUCUGUGUCCGAUGCCCUCUGAGCUCGGUGAGCCAGGCCCUGUCUGUGUGUGCCCAAUGCACUCUGAGCUUGGGGCGCCAGACCCCGUCUUUCUGUCUGUGCCCAAUGCACUUUGAGCUCGGGGCACCAGGCCAGCCAGUCUGUGCAGCAGCCAGCCCGGGCCCCCAGUAAAUGAUCAUGAUUGUUUCUAGUGUGUAGAUAAGGUGCAGAACUGAGUGCAGCUGCAUGAUGGUGCCUUGCUUAUUGGAAAGGAAUGGGCCGCAGUUACAGAUACAGAGAGCUCCCCUCUAACCUUCCCACCGGCACCCUGCCGUAAUAUUACACAGCUAGACUUGGAGAUGACAGCUGUGUCCAGGCACGAGCCCUGUUGUGCAUUUCACUGCAAUGUGCAGGUCAGCCCAAAUCAUCACGAAGGUCCCUUCUGGCCUUAAUGUCUAUAGCUCUAUGGAAUUGUGUGUAUAAUGAUAAUGUAGCACUAUCAGCAAGUCCAUCCUCUUCCAUCCCUGGGGGGUGAAAUUAGUGGAGCCCUGCAUGGAUACAAAAUUUGUAUCCGCAUCUGAGCCACAAUCCACAAAAAUGAUCCAUGGAUAUCUGUGGCUAUAAAGCAGAUAUCCGCGAGUGUGCAGGGCUCUAGAAAUUAGGUACUUCCAUCUUUCCACAAGAGGCCAACACUUGUGAGAUACUUUCUUAGUGGAUGCAUCAAAAGCCCAUUGGCUUCUCCCUAGUUAGGGUUACCAUAGUUCAGGUUCCCCCAAAGAGGACACUAUUGUGGGGGAA